ACUAUUUCUCGUGUCUUGGUCCUGAACCAUCCUCCCACGCAUUCAUCAGUUCGUCAUAAGCAGUGUGUUUGAGAGCAAAUUACGCUUCUACCACCAUUGCCCGCCUUGGAAUAUAAUACUUUCCACUCUGCCCGCUGCGAGGCGUUGCUGAUCUCAAACUACAAUCGAUCUGCUUAAUCGUAAACAAUGGCGACGUACGCAGACUAUCCUGCCACUAUGCCUCCUCAUGACUUCGACCUCUACCCUUCCCAAGACUCCUACGACAUCUCCCAGCCCUAUCUCCCUUCCGACUUUAUCAACAACACUGCCUUUACCACAUACGACUCUCAACCAACGACACAUGCAUACUCCAACCUUUCGCAAUAUACCUACCCGCUGCAAGGCCAACAGGUGAAGAACACCUUCCAGACACAAACACCCUCGGGCUCGCCUCACUCCCUGUCGCAUUCCUUUGACAUGCAACCUCCCAAUCUUUCGGCAUCGAGCGAAUCUGGUGCAUCCGUCUCUUCGUCUGCCAUGGGAUCACCGUCCUUGAAUCACCAAUAUCAGGAAGCGUGGGGUCCUCUAGAUCAAGGGCUUGCCAUUGAUCAGGGCAUGUUGAAGGAUAGCUUCUUGCCAGAAAGCUACAACCCUGCCUUGGACCUGGAAUACGCUGGUCUUGUCGCUAAUGACAAGCUAUCAGGCUGUGUUGGUGAGUCGGAACACAUUUCUUCGAGUACAGGCGGUCUCGUAUUUCCUUUUGUCCGUCGUCAGUUGCCUCUUGCGAUGCCUUCAGUCGUCAGCAGUGGAUCUCCUUCAAGUCAAUCAACCAUCAUGUCCACACCAUCUACACUGAGUCGCGUGGACACGUCUCUUUAUAACGUCUUCAAAUCUCCUACUACUCCCGCGUCCGCCAUGACACCAAGCACUGCACAGUCUCCAUUUUAUAGAAGAGAGUCGAGCCAGUUGUCCAAAUCAAUCCAGAGCCCAAGCAGACAUCGGCCGCGUAGGAAUUCACUUCUUUCGACUGAAGUGUUUCCUGACUCCCAACUGUCACAGCCUGCCAGCCUUUCUCCUUCAUCUCCGCAGUCAAUUGCUUCUCAGUUUUCUCAGUUCAUACCGCCAAUUGGCACAUCUUAUCCCACACUCAUUCAACCCUUCCCGUCGCCACUUCCAUACGCCGCAUCACCAUACCCUGAAUUCCGCACACCCCACUUUCCCUUUGUCGAGCAACCACCAUCGCCCGCACCAUCUCAUAGCUCUUCCCGCAGUCAGCACACCGACUCGAGACGGUUCAAGAACUCUGGUAGCCAAUCUCCAUAUCUACAUACUGCACAGUUUCAGCCAUACGGUGCAUGGCAUGGCGGCCGUCGACCAUCCGUCUCUUCGAUACACUCUCGACAUUCCACACAAAGCCGUAGGAGUGGGAGCUACGAGCUGGACGAAGAGUCGCGUGAGAAAGGUCUCUGUCCCAUUCCAGAGUGUGGUCGUGUCUUCAAGGACUUGAAGGCGCACAUGCUCACUCACCAGAAUGAGAGACCGGAGAAGUGUCCGAUUGUCAACUGCGAGUAUCACCAGAAAGGUUUUGCUCGCAAGUAUGACAAGAACCGACACACCUUGACGCACUACAAAGGGACCAUGGUCUGUGGUUUCUGCCCUGGCUCAGGCUCGGCUGCCGAGAAGAGCUUCAACCGUGCAGAUGUGUUCAAGCGACACUUGACGUCAGUCCAUGGCGUUGAGCAGACCCCGCCCAACAGUCGCAAGAAGUCGCCGACCACGUCAAAGAAGUCCCACGCUGUUCUACAGAAUGCUGCUGGUACUUGUUCGACUUGCAGCGUUACUUUUGUCAAUGCACAAGAAUUCUACGAGCAUCUCGACGACUGUGUCCUGCGCGUAGUGCAGCAAGCUGAUCCCAGCGAGGCCAUCAACCAAAAACUCCUCUCGUCUGUUGCAGAUGACCAGGACGUCAAGGACACGAUGGAACGCAACUAUCUUCCCACCGACGACGUUAUCGCACCUACAUAUGACGAGCAAAACGACGAUGAGGAUGACGACGAGGACGAAGACGAAGACGCCACCUAUGCAUCGCGCACCACGCGCUCUGGCAAGGGCGGUCUCAAGUCGAAGAAAGACAAUCAGCAUUGACAAUCAGCGGCCUCCCGGGGCGGCGUGGUGCAACAACCCACCAGCCAAGCCGGGGGAGCCCCCAGCAAGAUCAUGAAGCGCAGCCAACGCGCUGGCCUAACCUACUCCAAAGGAGGCGUCGCCAUCUCCAGCGCCGGUCGCAAGAAGAAGAAGAACUAUCCUCUCUCCUGGGGCUGUUCCAUCGACAAGAUGAAGAUGAAGAAACGCGUCUUGUGCGUCUACGAUGGCUCCCGUCGGCUAUGGAAGGACGACAUGAUGCUCGACCAGGAGUUCGAGGUUCGCAUCCCGAUGCCGGACGGCCGGGGCUAUGUUACAGACCUCGACGUCCAGACGCUGAAUCGCGCCGAUGCUCUAC